CAAGCAUGUGAUUUUGAAUUAUUCUGCUUUGAAGUUGAUAAAAAAUAUGAUUUGAAUAGUGAUGAUGCACCAGUAUUAUCACUUGUUAUUGAAGAUAAUGCAGGUUAUAAAACUCCAAUUAUUGAUUGUUUUAUUGAUGAUGGUCAGUUGCCUUCUAUAAAUAAUUACCUGGGUGUAAAACCUAUGACUACAAAUAAUCUUAUGGAACAAAUGAACAAAUCAAUUAAAG